AUGGGACAACAACAGUCUAAGGAAGAGCUGUUGUUUCGAAAAGUGAGUCACAGAGAUGUGGAAGGUAUCAAAUCCCUUCGGCGUAAAGGUGCAGGACUCGAGUGGGUGGAUAAAAAAGGAAGAACGCCAUUAAUCUUAGCUUGUACAAAAUCAAAGCUAUAUGAUGUAGCAGAAACUCUGGUUAAGUUGGGUUCCAAUGUCAAUGCUUAUCGUUCUGGUCACAAUGGUGGGACUCCUCUGCACCAUGCAGCAAACAGAGGUCGCAAGAAGACGGUUAAGUUACUUCUGUCUCACGGUGCAAAUCCACUGGUUUUGAAUGAUGACUUUGAGACACCUCUUGAUGUUGCUAGAGCUAAAGGUUACAGCAAUGUUGUACGCGCAAUCGAGAGUCACAUCUGCUUGUUCUCUGGUUGGAUGCGGGAAUUCUAUGGCCCUUGCUUUGUUGAAUUGGUUGCUCCUCAGCUUCUUUCAAGAAGAGUAUGGGUAGUUGUAGUACCAACUGGUUCACGAAAUCCUAAAAAGCCUUUCAAGUUGGAGUUGGUUGUGUAUGCUAAUCUUGAGGAUGCACAACCAAGAACGGUGAUGCCUUUGUGGAAAGCCAACUUGGAGGAACCGAAAUCAGAUCAGUCUGAUGCUUCAGUGUUGAUUGUUGAUAACUCCAGAAGUCCAAUGCGCAGGAGGGCGAGAAAAAGAAGAGCUUGCGUUAGGCGCUGGGCUCGAGUAUAUAGGCAAAUACAUCUUAAGCUAGCAGCUGCAACCAAAGGUGACAUGCAACAGCUGAACUGGUUUUGUGAGGCAUGUAAAGGAUAUCCACAGCCAAUGAAUCCUCCGGUGUUUCAGCAAACAUCCCAAACAACAACCACUAAAAUCACAGUUUCAGUUGAGCUUACGCCGUCGGCUCCUCCAGUUAUGUAG